AUGAAUAAUAUUAACCUUCACUUGGAGCGGAUACCACCACGAUCCAGUCCAACUUUCAUUCCGCAGUACUUGAGCACACUCGCAACGCAACAUCCACGCGUCAUUGCAAUCUCCAUCGCUCUCUGUGCAGAUGGCUACAUUGGGAACUUGCAGGAACUUGCUAUGAAAAAGUACCACAUUUCUAGUCUCCAGAUCCUGGCUUACUCGUAUGUCAACGGAUUCCUCAUACUGUUAGUCUACCUAGUCGGCAACUCUGCUCUCGUCCCGGCAAUUGAUUUUGCCUCAAAGGUAAGUUACUUGUCGCUGCGCGGCGCAGCUUUUCCAGACGUCUUUGUUGUUUCCUUGUCACGGCAGAUGUCGACGGCUUUGUGUGCAUGUGCAAAUAUGCACAGAGGAGAGCAUACAUGUUGCAGGUUAAGUGUGAGUCAAUAUUUUACAAGGCCACUGAGGCAAGGAACUAGGACACCGUUCUCAAUUCCUAGACUAACGCACUCCGCGUAUACGCAUUUGUGCCACCCAGUGCUUUGUAAUGCAAUCACUAAGCAAUAG